AACCAGGAUGACUUCCUGAAGGCGACUAUGAGGAUCUUUCUGGUGGUCUCGCCGCCCGUGGGACGGGUCCAGGUGCGCUCCAGGUCGCUCACUCAGCUGGACACUCUCAGCUCGACCAUGCUGGACACAGGAGGAGAACCUCUUCCAGGCGAAGAGGACCCGAAGAGCAAACUUCGCACCCAGUGGCAUCGACAACGUCGAGGUCAGGAUGCAUGGGAAUGUACCCCGAGGCUCCUGGUUCCCGAAAAGCCCGGCAAGGACGAGCCGACUCGUCCUGAUCGCGCGCCGUCGCAAUCCCAGGUGUUGAGCAGAGAGUGCUUCAGCGUGAGCUUCGAAGUCGGCGAGGACGACGCCGGGACGGUCGAUCAGGGAGAAGUUCUGCCCGCAACUAAGGGCACCUACUUGUCGGAAGCACUUAGCGGAGCGUGCGAGCGCCGAGGGGUCAACCUGGCCCACGUUGACGUCCUUCUGGACACCUCGCCGACCCCGUUGCCUGUCUACAUCACGGAGACCUCGGGCCUGGGGGGGAAACACCUCAGAGUCGUGGCCAGGGGGGAGAAAUCGAACUCGGGCUCGGCUGGCCAGAGGAACGGCCGAAACUCGUCGCUGAAGAAGGCCGGAGGGAGCUAUCGAAACCGAAAUAGUCGCUUCUUCAGCGCGUCCACGGAAGAUCCAAGUACAGGUUCCGAAAGUGGCACUUCCGCCAGCUCGACGACUACUUCCGGCAAAGGCCCUGUAGGCGUUGCAGCGCUCAAAGCCAGCAAGCAACGAUGGAGCGGUUUCUUUGCCAACACCAGAGGAACAAAAAUGGAGUCAUUAGUGGAGCAGCUCAAUAAUUAUAGCAAACGUGGCGUACCACGACGUCCAGGUGUGCAACCGGUCCGCGAAAACGAAGAAGCUCUGUAUGCUCUGGAAGAUGACUGGCGCAGCGUUGUGGAGAAUUCCGACCUCUUGUCGGAGAAACAGCAACAUCAGCAAACAGUCCUCUGGGAACUAGCUCAAACAGAAGUGGCCUACAUUAAGACUUUAAAAGUCGUGACUGAUCUGUUCAUGGCCUGCCUCUGCAAUCUUCAGGCUUCGAAUAUCCUAACGGAGGUUGACAAGACCAAACUCUUUAGCAAUAUUCCCGACAUCUACGAGGCUAAUCGAUAUUUUUGGAGCGAACACCUUUUGCGAAUGGUCAACGUUGCCAGAGUAACCAAACGUCCACUAGAUCCGGGUCAUCUUCUCCUGGGCUUUGAGAACUUCGAGCAAAUUUUCGCGCCCUAUACCAGAUACUGCGCAGAACAGAGUAAAUGCCAACAGUAUUGCAGAGAUCGUCUGAACGACAAUGAUCUCUUUACUGCUUACCUUGCGUGGUGCGAGGCACAGAAAGAGUGCAACCGAUUGCGUCUUUUGGACAUCUUGGUCAGGCCAAUGCAGAGGUUGACCAAGUAUUCCCUCCUUUUGAGAGCGGCUCACAAGAGCACCGAGAACGAGGAUCAGCGUACGGAGCUGAGCCUUAUGAUAAAGUUCGUGGACAAUUUCGUGGCUUCCGUGAAUGCAGCUCUGCGGCGAAGCGAAGAAGCCGCCCGGCUGGCUGUCGCGGCUUCACGACUGGAUAGCUACGAGGUUGUCGAAUCGAAGGACGAAGAAUUGGAUAAACUGGUCCGAACUCACAGCAACUUGGACAUCAAUUCCGUUCCCAUGCCAGGAUGUCCUAAAGAUGCGACGAGGGCUCUGCUUCGAGAAGGAGAUCUCAAGCUCAAAGACGCUGCUACAAGCAAGACGGAAGUCCAUGUUCUUUUAUUAACAGAUAUGUUGCUCAUUUGUAAGCCGUCUACCAAGAAAGUUGGGGCUGGUAGCGGGACGACCAGCAGUGGAGGCCUAAAAGUCAUCAGACAGCCAUUCGUUAUAGACCGUAUUCGGGUUCACUUGCUUAAGGAGUCGACUAAUCUCGGAUUAGUGUACUUAAACGAAUACGGAGUGGCCACUGCAGUCCUCGUAUUGAGCGCCGGCGAGCCGAAACUGGCGAAGUCUUGGUUCGAGUCCCUGAAGACAGCCCAGCAGUCAUUCGCGGCCCUUAAAGCGCAAUCCCAGGGAGAUGCAACGAACGUUGCCGCUGUUACUAGACAAGCCAGCAUGUACGUAGGUGACGGAGAUUUUGACGUCGAAGAUAACGAAGUUAUACCUAGGACUCCACGUGGAAGCAGUAGAGCUUCUCGUGUCAGCAGUUUGGUCCAUAGCCAUAGUGGAAGCGUAGAAAUGGAGGGAGUCUCUCCAGGCAGUGGUAGUUUCGUGCAAAGCCAUAAUCAAAGUAGAAACGUCAGUAUGGAUACCAAUGAACCGCCAAGGGCUUCCAGUGUUUCGUCGGAAGAGGGCGUCGAAAGUGCCAGCGGAAGUAGUCAUAGUCAUAGUAGGUCUCAACGAGGCAGGCAAGCCUUACUGUCCAAGUCUCCCACUCCGAACACCCUCAGCGUCCGAGUGUCUCCAUACGAGAAUCUGGGCCAGUCAUUACCAAAUUUAACUCUGGCCACUUCACCGCAAACUUCGACAGUUUCUCCUACACCUCCGAACUCACUUCUAAUAGUGCCCGAAAUUACGAAGAGCAAAGACGCCCUGCUCUCUCCGGGCCAUCGAGGUAUCUCUUACCCUCCUCCGUCACCUCCAAGAGGGUCCCUCAGAAGGGCCUUCGCGAUUCCUCAAUCUCGAAAUCCGCCAUUAAUGAAGACCAGAAAUGUGAAUACCUCAACUACUCAGAUUGCCCAAGCAGCGAGUCUCGAAACUGAAACCGUCAGCGAAAGGCAAAAGUUGCGUCCCUUGCGAAGAGUACCGUCUAUUGGAGACGUCACAGAAGAUGAGAAACGAUAAGAAUCGACAUCGGAUCCUAGCGAGGAUCUGAGGAAUGACUUUUUCUACGAGCCCGAAUGCUGAUUAGAUAUCAUGGGAUCAGGGAUCAUUGGGAAUUUAUUCUCGGUGGAGCCGUUCCUUAUCUUGGGCGAUGAUUUCAAAUUUCAUUGUACCCUGGCUUCUAAGAGCCGGGAUUUCAAGUAAUAAGAACGCCGUUUAGGCGAGAGGACGUAGCAUCUCAGCUGACAAACGUUUAAUAAAAUGCAUUCCAGCGGAUGCAUCGAGGGGCCCGCCAUUAUCACAACGAAGAUAUACAAGAAGAGCUUCUGAAACAAAAUCCCCGCAAUUUAAUCACAACUAACGGUCCGUACUUUUGCGAAUUCCAAGCGCAGCAUCUCCUUGCCUGGGACCUUACCAAUUAUUUAUUUAGAAGAAGCACCACAAGAGAACGACGCCAAUGUGGACGUUAAUUUAAAUCCCCUUAACUUGAAGCGUCUUUACCGAAUGCCUGUUAGGUAAAGAAAAUGUUCAUCUUUAUACAAAUGUCGCGUCGGAAUUCGCCUUCAGCGGUGAACGAAAUGCGAUGAACAAACAUGCGCCUAGACUUCCAGUUUUACGUACGGACAGAAAAUGUACAUUGAUAUUAGCUGAUAGAUUGUACAGAGAAUUGGAGCAUCGGUCCGAGGGAUGCGCCAAUAACUGAACAUUGAUCACCGAGCGAAUACACCGGUGAAUAUUGAAGCGAAA